AUGUCAACUCCGAGCCAACUAAAUGCUCAGCAUAUUCGGGAUUUCGUCUCCACCCUCCACACAAAGCCCUACCCAGCCAUUGACCCAUUGCUGGUCAAGCUGCCUUCCCCCUUUGUAGUCUGCAUAAUUGGUGGAAGAGGAGCUGCAGCAAGUGGGAUCGCCAAGGCAUAUGCGCAAGCCGGGGCAUCCGGUCUCAUCCUGGCUGCAAGGACACGCUCCGCACUAGAAGAAACAGCCAACGAAGUCCGCUCCAUCAAUACCGCCACCAAGGUCGUGAUUGCCGAAUGCGACAUCGCCUCCAACGCUAGCGUCGAGUCUCUUGCCAAAACGACAAAAACCGAGUUCGACGGCCAUUUAGAUGUUGUGGUGGUGAAUGCAGGCUACUCAGGCCCGAUGAUUGCAGAUGUCGUGAAAGAGUCGCCCAGCGACUUCCAGACCGCGUUCGAUGUCAAUACAGUAGGCUGCUUUCAUGCUGCCCAUCACUUUCUGCCUUUAUUGCUGGCAACUGAGUCUGGCGCCAAAAGCUUUAUUGGAAUUAGCUCUAUGGCUGCGCCCAUGGUGGCCGGGUGGGCUGCGCAUGCCCAUUACUGUGCAAGCAAGGCGGCACAGACACGCUUGAUCGAGAUGAUCAAUGAGCAAUAUGCCAGCAAAGGCAUAUUUUGUGCAAGCUUGCAUCCAGGUGGGCUUCAAAGUGAAUUCGCACGCAAGGCUGUGCCGGAAGCGUUCUGGUCUGGUAUGUUUUUCCCGUUGUUCGUCUCCAAUAAAUCAUUUGAGCUGAUGGUUGUUGGACCUGAAGCGGCCUUGACCGACAGUCCUGACUUGGUGGGUGCUUUUUGUCUCUGGUUGACAAAGCCCGGUGCUAAGAAGGAGGUUCUGAAUGGCCGGUUCCUCUCUUGUAAAUGGGAUGUCAGCGAGCUCGAGAAGAAGUUCGAUGAUAUUUCGGAGAAGGAUUUGUUGCGGUUCCGGAUUGCUGUGGAUUGA